CGCCUCCGCGGCUGUCGGGGUGCCUGGAGCCGGCGGGAAAGAGCGGCCCGGCGCCGCCGCGAUGCUGAUGAUGAACAGGCUGCGGAAGUGGCUCUACAGGCCGAGGAGGACAGAUCCACAGCUUCUUGCUCAAUUUUACUAUGCAGAUGAAGAACUAAAUCAAAUUGCUGCUGAAUUGGACAGCCUGGAUGGAAGGAAAGAUCCACAGAGGUGCACCCUGUUGGUCAACCAGUUUCGUUCAUGUCAGGAUAGUGUUUUAAACAUUAUAAACCAAAUAAUGGAUGAAUGUAUUCCAAAUGAGCGAGCCAACCGUGAUUUUUGUGUUAAAUUUCCAGAAGAAAUAAGGCAUGACAACCUUGCAGGACAACUUUGGUUCGGAGCAGAGUGCUUGGCUGCUGGUUCAAUUAUUAUGAAUCGUGAAAUAGAAAGCAUGGCCAUGAGACCACUGGCCAAGAGUCUGACUCAUAGUCUGGAAGAAGUUAGGAAUAUAAUCCGUGACCAAUCUCUUCGGGAUCUCAACCUGUACACAGGAAAAAUGAAAGAGGCGCUUAAGCAGUUCGAUGUCCUUUUUGCAGAAUUUGAGCUAAGUUAUGUGUCAGCCAUGGUUCCUGUAAAGUCACCGAAGGAGUAUUAUGUGCAGCAAGAGGUAAUCGUCCUUUUUUGCGAAACAGUAGAGAGAGCUUUAAAGCUUGGAUACCUUACUCAAGACAUGAUUGAUGACUAUGAGCCAGCAUUAAUGUUUACUAUUCCAAGAUUAGCCAUUGUUUGUGGGCUUGUUGUUUACUCAGACGGACCUUUGAAUCUUGAUCGUAAACAAGAAGACAUGUCUGAACUUUUCAGACCCUUCCACACUUUACUAAGGAAAAUAAGGGAUCUACUCCAAACUCUCACAGAUGAGGAGCUGUAUACUCUGGAGUGUAACCUCUGUAUAUCCCAGGAUUUUGACUUUCCCGAGAGAGCAGAUCCUCAAGUGCCAUCUGCCACUAUACCAAACUUCAUGGCAGCUUUACCAUCUGAAGAGCUUCUGGAAAAAUCUCCAAACGCUGAAGCUGAGCUUGCCUGCUCCAUACAGUAUGACGAACAGGAGCUGGAGCAACUGAGUAGAAUGGUCCACAGAGCAGGGGACGAGAUGUCCUCCUUGCUCUCUCCCCCAAGGGCCAGCUGGUCUCCUGCGCGCAGGCCUAGUGCGAGGAAUGCGGGGAGCAGAAGAGACUCCCCUAAUAUGGUUCACCCAAACGACUCCCGUAAUGAAGAGGAGAGCGUGUUUCUUAUUGAUGACUUAGAUGGAGCAGAAGAAGCUCUUGCUGGGACAGAUUCAUCCAGCGGCACGUUCUGUGAUUCCUGUUAUGCUCUGAAGCACGGGGCUCCAUGCAGUGACCCUGUCUUGCACAGGCCUGGUCAUCAAACCGAACAAUACCGUCUCUUAAAAGAAAGAGAAGAGGCCGAUCGUGGCAAUAACAAUAUUGAAGAAACAAAGCAGUUGGCUGAUAUCUCACUUCAAAACUCCUGCAGUUGUUUGGAAGGCCCAGAUUCACAUUUGUACCUCAGUGUCUGGGAUGUAUACGCUCACGAUGCGCAAACGGCAGAAAUUAUUGCCCACCGGACUGGAGGGAUGAAGCUGUCGGCUACAGUUAUAUUUAAUCCAAAAUCUCCCCCUUCAGAGUCCUCUAAAGUAGUUAAAGCUUGUUCUGCUGGGGAAUCGCAGUCUUCGGCUGUUGAAGAGGGAGAGUCGCACCAGCUCAGCUUGACUACAACGAAUUGCCUUGUAAAUCCCUGUGUGUGUUGUGGGAGUUGUGACAGUAGCAGAGAGGACAGCAGAGGUGUGAGGACUAACAGUUUCCCAGGAAAAAUUAUAAAUUCAUCUUCCAGUUUACUGAAAUCAAAAGAAAAAAAUAGACUGGAUAAAGCAAACAGUACAGGUUCUGUACAAGAUUUAUUAAAAACUGAAGCCUAUAUUUUCAUAGCCGAAAGGGACUCUCCCAGAGAGAAGCAGGCUCUUUCUAGCCAUUCUGAGUGCUCAACGUACUCCUCAGCUUCCCCUUUGAGAGCAGAGAGUGGCUCGAAAGUAACCCAAGAAAUCCCAGCUCAACAAAAGAAAUGUGAAUCAGGAAGACAGGCGCAAGAAAGAUCAUCAGAGAUUAGCGAAGAAAAGAAUGAAAGAAUAUCAAAAGAUGACAAAUCUAGAACAAGUUCAAAUUGCUUAUUGACACAUUCCUGUUCAUCCAGUGAAACCAUUCAGGAAGAAUCCCAACCAGCCUUACAGAUAGCCAAAAUUUCUACAAGAGAAAAGAUCCGAUCUCGAUUUCACAGCAGUAAUGACCUUAUUCAUCGGCUUUUUGUCUGCAUCUCAGGUGUUGCUGACCAGCUCCAAACAAACUAUGCUUGUGACUUGCGAAGUAUUUUGAAGACUUUGUUUGAAGUUAUGGCAACUAAAGCUGAUACAGAGGACCAGAAAACACAAAAGAAAGUCAAUCCUUGUUUAAGGAGUGCAGCACUAGAAGAUUGUGCUUUGUGUCAGGAGACCUUAUCUUCCGAAUUCACAGCAAAACCCAGGGCUGGGGAAUUUCAAGAUCCUCCUGACUGGGUGCCAGAUGAAGCCUGCAGCUCUUGUACCGCAUGCAAGGCGCCCUUCACAGUCAUUCGCAGGAAGCACCAUUGCAGGAGCUGCGGAAAGAUCUUUUGCUCUCGCUGCUCCUCUCAUUCUGCUCCAUUACCUCGUUAUGGCCAGAUGAAGCCUGUUCGUGUUUGCACCCACUGUUACAUGUUCCAUGUUACUCCUUUUUACAGAGACAAAUGGGAUGUCUGACUAAAACUUAUAGUAGUGAACUGAUAUUACACUGUCAUCUUUGCGGGGGCUGCAUUUGACCUAAACCAAGAACAAACUUGAAAGAGAGACCACAUUUGGAAGAGCGAGUGGAUGAAAGCUUUGAUCUUUUUUUUUUUUUUUUUUUUGGCUACAUUUUAUUAAACUGCUGGUGUGGAAUGUGAAGCACUUGUGGCUCAAGCGAUAUCCCAGUCUUCCAUGUUUAAAAUAGUAUUUCAUGUGCAUAUCUAAAACACAUAAACAGCAUGGCGAGUAAUGGAUCCCCGAACUGGGCAUUUUGGGCAGCUUAUCUGCUGUUCCAGUCCUAGCCAUUUGUACUGGUUGUAUGCCCGGGCACAAUGCUAUUGAUGCAUGGCUCAUCCUAGUCUAUCAGUCCUGAUGCAGCAAGUUUCAUUCUUGGACUAGAAGUCUGCGUUCGAAUAUCAGAUUAGCUGAAGCUGCUACAUUAAAUGCAAAAUCUGUUUUGUACCAUCUGGAAAACUAAACAAUAGCUAAACAAAGCGGCUGCUUGAUUAAGCCUGUACCAAGCAGGACGUACUCAGUGAGCAAGUGACUACUGUGACGUAAACACACAUGUUCAGAAGACUAGAAUAACUGUAUGACGGGUCAGCAACUAAUUCCAAGAAUAGAAUGCUUCGGCAUUUAAUGUCGCUUCAAAAACUGUGUGUAGAGUGAAGUUACAAUUCAGGUUGCUACGUUGCAGUGGAAGAGCCCAAGGUCUUGUUAAUGGUAGGAAAUCAAAUAGGAAAGAGUUAUUUUUUCCUGCAGGCCAAUUGAAGCCUAAUGUUGCACAGGAGGGGAAUGUCCAUGGAAAAUCCUUGGCAUGAAAGCAGUCUAGGAAAGAAUGGGGCAGAAAGAGCUGGUUUAAUUACUUUAUUUAUGCCCAGGCGUUCAGCCCAGUGAAUGACCCAAAGCAGUUUAUAUCAUUCUCCUCCCCUCCAUUUUAUCCUCAUGGUAACCCUAUGAAACAGACUAGGCUGAAAGAUUGUGACUUGCCAUCCAGUGAGUUUUCAUGGCAGAGCGGGAAUUCAAACCUACUUCUCCCAGAUCCUAGACUGACACUCUAACCACUACACCACACACCAAGUAACCUCCUGUAAUAUUUGCAUGGUUAAAGUUAAAAAGGUUUUGUAACCUGGCAGUCCUAGUUAGAAUGCGCAUUUCUGGUGAUACUUAGCUCUGCCAGGCUUUGUGUUCAGUUUUGUUUCUUUCCUUAGCAAUAAUCCAGCGUCUUGUAAACAUUCGUGCUAAAAUCCACAGCAGAUUGUGACCAAAACAGAUAUGUUGAUGCAGGGCUUUUUUCUGGGAAAAGUGGUGGUGGA